ACGGCGCAGCCGGACUCUCUUUCCCGUCAUGCAACGCUGCCUCCAUUGUGCCCGAGCCCGCCUCCCAUUGGACGGGCCUGGGAAAGGGAGCCCGCUUCCCCUCCCGCUGACACAAUAGUGGAUCCAAGAUGGCGGAUGCGGGUGCAGCCAGCUUACCUGGGGGAGACACGGCGCUGCCUCCCCCGCCGCCGCCGCCUCCCCCGCCUCCCCCGCCGCCGGAGGAGCAAGAGCUGAGCCGGCGUCUCCGUCGACUCUACCCGGCCGUCAACCCGGCCGAGACGCCGCUGCCCCGAGCCUGGAGCCCCAAGGACAAGUAUAGCUACAUCGGCCUCUCCCAGGGCAACCUGCGCGUCCACUACAAAGGACAUGGGAAAAAUCACAAGGAUGCUGCUUCUGUCAGGGCUACCCACCCCAUCCCUGCAGCCUGUGGAAUUUAUUAUUUUGAAGUGAAGAUAGUUAGUAAAGGAAGAGAUGGGUACAUGGGAAUAGGACUCUCUGCCCAAGGUGUCAACAUGAACAGACUUCCUGGUUGGGAUAAGCAUUCCUACGGCUACCAUGGCGAUGACGGACACUCCUUCUGCUCGUCAGGGACAGGGCAGCCCUACGGCCCCACUUUCACUACUGGCGAUGUAAUUGGCUGCUGUGUGAACCUCAUCAACAACACCUGCUUCUACACAAAGAAUGGGCACAGUUUGGGUAUAGCCUUCACAGACCUUCCUGCCAAUCUAUAUCCCACUGUGGGGCUCCAGACACCCGGAGAGAUUGUGGAUGCCAACUUUGGGCAACAGCCAUUUGUGUUCGACAUUGAAGACUAUAUGAGAGAGUGGCGAGCAAAGAUUCAGGGCACGAUUAAAAGGUUUCCCAUAGGUGACCGGCUAGGGGAAUGGCAAGCCAUGCUACAGAACAUGGUCUCUUCCUAUCUGGUACACCAUGGAUAUUGUGCUACAGCCACUGCCUUUGCCCGCGUGACGGAAAGUACAGUCCAGGAGGAACAGGUCUCCAUAAAGAACAGACAAAGAAUACAAAAGCUGGUUUUGGCAGGAAGAGUAGGCGAAGCCAUUGAAGCCACCCAGCAACUCUAUCCAGGGCUUCUAGAGCAUAAUCCUAACCUCUUAUUCAUGCUAAAGUGCCGGCAGUUUGUGGAGAUGGUGAAUGGAACAGACAGUGAAGUGCGCUUUUUCAGUACCCGCAGCCCCAAAUCACAAGACAGCUACCCUGAUUCCCCCAAUCUGAGUCCCCGACAUGGCUCCAAUAAUUUGCACAUCCACGUCACUGGAGCAGACAGCCCAAGCUGUAGCAACGGGGUGACCUCCAUCAAAAGCAAACAGAGCCACAGUAAAUAUCCUGCACUGAGCUCGUCCUCCUCCUCCUCUUCCUCCUCCUCCCCUUCAUCCGUGAACUACUCAGAGUCCAACUCAACAGAUUCUACCAAAUCCCAGCAACACAGCAGCACUAGCAACCAAGAAACCAGUGACAGUGAAAUGGAGAUGGAGGCGGAGCACUAUCCCAAUGGAAUCCUGGAGAAUUCAGCCACCCGAAUAAUGAAUGGCACUUACAAGCACGAAGAGAUCCUACAGACUGACGAUUCCAGCAUGGACGGCUGCCCUCAGAGGCAACUCUGCGGAGGGAACCACGCUGCCACCGAGCGGAUGAUCCAGUUCGGGCGGGAGCUCCAGAUCCUCAGUGAGCAGCUAUGCAAAGACUACGGCAAGAACACAACCCACAAAAAAAUGUUACAGGAUGCAUUCAGCUUGUUAGCCUAUUCCGACCCUUGGAGCUGUCCAGUCGGUCAGCAGCUGGAUCCAAUCCAGAGGGAGCCUGUGUGUGCUGCACUCAAUAGCGCUAUUUUGGAGUCUCAGAACCUGCCAAAGCAGCCCCCUCUGCUGCUGGCCCUGGGCCAGGCCUCGGAGUGCUUGCGACUCAUGGCUCGCGUGGGCCUGGGCUCCUGCUCCUUCGCCAGAGUGGACGACUAUUUGCACUAGCCACUGAGUGAGGCAGAGUGACCCCUCCAGUUGCUGCCCUUUCACCUCUUCCUGCCUUGCGGUUUCUCACCUGCGCCUGCCCUCCACCCGCUGCCCAGCAGAAGGACACAGUGUUGACUGAGGCGGGAGGGGAGGAGGAGGAGGAGGAGGAGAGGACCCUUGACGCGCCUUUGUUGCUCGCCCUGGAAACUGCUCGCAGGGCCCCCACCCCACCCCCAACCUGCCCUCCCAUCACGGCCGCAUCCUGCUCUGCCCCACAGCACUUGGCCUUCUCACCGGUCCUUCUGAUGUAGCGCCUUCUGACUUUAGGAUUUUACCUUUAUUUUAUUAUGUUAUUUUAUUUCUCUGACUGAGCCACCAGUAUUUAUACCUGAAGAGUUUGUGCUGAGCUGGUUUCUAAUUCAUUUAGAGAUAAAAAAAAAAAAAAGUGUAUCUGAGUUGGUGACGGCCUGUUUUGCUUUUUUGUUUUAACUUUUAUUUUUACGUUCGGAGAAACCUAACUGGCACGUGUGUUACUUGGACAGUAUUGUUCACUGUUGCUGGUCCUCAUAAAAACCCAGAGGCUGAAUGUGCUUGUUGGAAUAUUAGCCAUGCUAUCCAAACAAAAGAGUUUCAUCAUCAUCAUCUUUUUUUUUUUUCCUGUGCCUAUGACACAACAGCCCUGAGAAACUCUGCGGAUGCACCCUGGGAACUAAUCAGGGGAAAGGCUGAGAUUGGGAGCAAUAAGAUGAACUGUUCCCAACUGUCCCUUUAAUAGGAUAUCCUGCGAUGGAUGCUUGGAAAGAGAACGGGUGUGACCUGAGUUGUAUCCCCAUACUCUCUGGAGAAGCAGGAACAUCUCUUAACCACAGUCAGACAUGUAGGAUAUCGCUGUGGGGACGUGUUGCUGACAAUCUCUGGAGGAAUACAGGUUCCCUCUCCUUCCUCAAAGCAGAGUGAUCGUAGGCUCUUCUGCAAGGGGACUUCUCCUCGGUCACAUCUAGGCAACUCACAUCUAACUCUUUAAGACUCGCCAAAAAGAGAAAAGAGAAGAAGGCUUGCCUGCAUCCUCAUCCUGGUACCCAAACAGCUGCGUGGAAUGGAAUCGAGGUGGAAUGAAAAAACGGGAGCUACGUAUUGGUCCAGCAUUUUCUUCCUUUCUUUUUAUUCUAGAGACUUCUUUCUAAAAUCUUCCCUUAUAAAGUGGAUAGAUGUCUCCAUGUCAGUUGUGAACCAGGAAAAGUUGAGCCGUCAAAAUAACAAUUCUCCCCUCCCCCCCAAUCAGUGUUUGAGUUUGUGAACCCAACUUUUCAUUUCAUCGUUUCAUUGCCUCCCUGCCUUUGAUAUUACACUGAUAGGACAAUAGUACAACAUCCUUGUUUUUAAUCCUGCUUACCCCCCAAUUGAAAAGAGGGUGUAAGGCAAUAUUAUUCUUUUUUAAAAGGAAAAUGCGGUUUUAUUCCAAGGAAUAUAUCUUUUUUAAAAACAAAACAAAAAAUUGGGAACCAUUUUCCAAACUUACAUAUUAUAACAAUCCUUACAAAAUACUGCUGGAAUAACAGGUUGGAAACUCCAGUCUAUAAUUUAAUCUACACAAGUGAAAUUAUAACCACGUGUCUUUACAGUACAACAGAGGAAUCCUGCUGUUCUUAAGAGCUUGUUAAUAUAAUCAUUAGCUUGCUGGUCUAUUUCAACAUUUUGCCUAGCUUUUAAAAUGUUUUUAAUUGGGAAGAAUUUUUUUUUUUAAAAAAAAUCCCAUCAGUUCGGCAGGCAAGGCAUUUUAAUUAAAACCGAGCACUUGCAGAAGAUAACACGAAAGAGAGGUUUUUCUGAUGCGAUGAAGAAAAUGCUUCCAUUGAGGGUAGGGAAUUUUAAUUUAUAGUAGCAUAGAAAGGGUGGUUUUUUUGGUUGAGAAUCUUGUAGCUGUGAUGAAAAAAAAAAAAAACUAUGCAUCUAUGCACAAUAUAUUUGGAAUGUUAAGUAAGUAUCCCCAGAUUGGUGGAACCUGGAGAAAUAAGAAGAAGGUGCGACUUCCGUUGACUUGAGUCCUGCCAAUGCCCAGCAGAGACCAAUGUUUACUUUCAGAUUUGUAAGUGAGACAUCCCGAAUUUAGAAGACUGCGCAUUACUGUCUCCUUGGCAGAUCAAGACUGAGUUUUAGUGCAAGAUGCUGAAAGAAAAAUGGGCACAUCAGAGAAUUGACUCUAUGGGGAAAAAAAUACAGGUCCAGACUCUGGUUCCAUUUCCAUUUGCAUAAUUUGACUGGGUGCUGACUAGAUCGAAACGAAAUGUUUUCUGAUUUGCACUUUUGACAAGCGGAAACAUCCAUCCACCAUUCUUUUUGCUUGGAUGGUCAUGAAAGUUGCACGUUUGCUGUGAUUGGAUUUUACCUUGCCUGAUUCUUUUUAAGGACUGAUAAGGCUAGUUUUAUGCCAAGCCAUCAAAUUACGGUAUCAAUGAAUAAUUGACCACCCCAGCUUAAAAGCAGAAUGAUUGGUCCACCUUCCAUCUUUUGUAACGUCUUAUACGGCAAAUGUUUAUAUCGGCAACCCCACCAGCUCUCUUUAUCUGGCCUGCUGCGUUUGCUUUUAGGCUUCAUGGGAGUUUCCAGUAUUUGAAUUCCUGUUUUAAAUGUUCACCGUCUUAAGUUGAGCUUCAACAAGCCAAUCUCUUUAUUUGGGGGGGCAGAUUUCUUUUCUGCUUUGUUUUCUCCGGUUUCCAUCUCAUCCUUUUUUCAAAGUUGCUUCAAGAAGUUGAUUUUUUUUUUUUUUUGCUCUUCGCUGCCUGCUGCUUUUCCCCUCCAAGCUGUGGCUUCUUUGCCAUCCUUUGCUUAAAAGUCACCUGUUUUGAUGGCAGUUUUUGCCCUGUAAAAUAUUAUCUCAGACAAGUAGCUAGUUGCCAUCUCUAGUUGGUGGUGUGGCAGUGGUGACACAUGUGGAAAAGAGCAAGCUGAACUUUUCCUGAUCAAAGACAAUCUGCAUUUGAUGACUCAACGUUUAGAUGCCACUGUCGUGUAGCUACGGCAGGUGAAAUUUAAUUUAGGAAGCAUUGCGCUAUGCCUGAGUCUUGGAAAUGUGAUCCAAGACAAUCAGAUAUUUGAACACUAAAUAUAAUUGCUCUAAAGAGACCACAGUGCAGAUGGAAAAGGAAUCUUUGAAGGGAAGAACAUUUAAAAUUGUGUUUGCGGUUAAAGGCUUUUUCACCAUUUUCAAGGGCAUAAAAUAGUACAGAACCUUUGAGUUUUCCAUACAGCAAAAGGGGUGGAGGAGUGUCUAGUUUAACAGUUAACAUUUAGUCUCCAUUUUGAGAUGAAACCUGACGGAAUUUCUUAGACAUUGCCAGGUGAUAAUGAGGUUGUAUCUACCACAUACCUUAGGAUAAUUUCCUUUUUUUAAAAAAUAGUUUUAAUAAAAAGAUUGACACAGAUAAAAAAUUCAAAGAAAAAAAAUAUUGUCUUUUUGACACCCAUCUGACUGAUUUUGCCAUCCUGUCAGAAACCUUUUGCGAGCAAUCCAUCUGAUUCCAGGUCUCUAUCAACCAUUGAUCAGAACAAUGAGAAACUAAAGCAUAGCAACUCGUUUUCUGAUCAUUUGACAUGUUGAUCAUACUUUGGACCAAGAUGGUCGCAGUGCCUAUAAAAUGGACAUUGGAAAAUCCCGAAUGCAAGAGUGACGCUUCCUUGAUUGCCCUCUACUACAGCGGUAGAAUACUCUGCAAUGACGCUUUCACAACUGUGAAGACAAUGGCUAAUGGUAGCCCAACAUCUCCGGAGGACAUUCGAAUGGGGAGAGGAUUGUUGCUUGUGAGGAAUUUCAGAGUCCCCCGGUAGAUGUCCCUGUUCAAAGAACCAUCUCAUUUUUCUUCCAUGUAGUUUUUGCAACCAGUUCCAGGAGUUCUUGGCUGGAAAUUAGAACGUUCUAGUAUCGGAAUGUCACCAACCAAUGAUUCAAACUGGCUAUCUUGAUGCCAAUCAUCGCUUUUUCAACAAGGAGCAGCAUCACACCAACAAGAGUUGGUGCUUCAUUUGCCCCCAUUAUGGUUCUCCGCAUCCUGUAACCAAAUAAAAGUGCCAAAUCCUCUUAUCGAAUUGAUUCAUUUAACCAGUGUUGUUUUGGGAACUUGUUUUGGGAAUAUUUGAGAAGUACAAUAGCCGUAGAAGAGCCCAAAGGGUCACUACCAACAAGUAUGUUCAAAUCUUUGGACCUGAAGGGUGUUUUAUUUUAAAUUUGGGCUGGAGCUUUAAGAUUUGGGUGCCAUCUGCUCAUCUUGAACUAGCAAGAAAGAUGGUUGGCAGGCAUAAUUCGGAUUACAUUUUGGACAUCUGACACUGAAAAAGAAAAGAAAAAAAGUAAAGAAUUCUCCUUUAUUUUUCUCUUCCUCUCGCUUUUUACAAACUCGGGUACCAGCUCUCGCAUGGCAUCUCAAACCCUUUUCGUUUUUCACUGAUUUUAUUACGAUAGCAACUGUAAGGAUUUUUUUUUUUUAAAGUAUCCUAUCAAAUAAGCGGGCCGAGCAGAAUGUGGGUUCCACCAGGGUUCCAUAAUCUCACGUUUCAUUUUCCUUUUGUUGAGGACUUGACGGAUCUCCUUCCAAGCUGCGCACAUUUGGAUCAGUUUCUGCUUAGUAUUUGUGAGUUCAGUUAAACCCAACUCUAGCAUGAAAACCUUCCCAAAGGAGGACAUUUUAACUGACAAAAAAAGAAAAAAAGGAAAAAAAAAAAGAAAGAAAGAGAAAUUGUACUGGAAAUAUAGAAACCCACAGUCUGUUGUAUUUUGACAGAAUUAUUUUUAUUAAAAUAUGCAUCUCUGUGCA